UGCUGUGCACCUGGCCUCUCGAACAGGAAAAGCGCGUCGGAGCGCUCUGCCGUUCUCGUUCGUUCUCCACAGUCUGUCACGACGGGAAAUUGGAGACGACGGCCGGUUUGCCGUGUGCAAAAGACAUUAGCCUCCUUUUCUUGCCCUCUCUCACCGUUUCACUUUCUCUUUGCUUUUCUUCCGUGUCUGUCGCGCUUUUCUGCAAGGCAAACCCUUUCCUAGCGAGAGUCGCCGUCGAGGCGGCCACUCGUCGCGACUCCACGCCGGCGACUGAGAGGAAAUCAGCCGCACUCGCAACUAUCGAAUUUUCUGUUGACUUUCCGUAAUUCUCCGCCUCCUCUUAUCUGCAACUCACCGGGCCUUUUCUGCGAACUCCCGGCCAUUCCCUGUCCCUACCCCUCGUCGUCCUCCCUAUUUUUCCUCUUCCUUUUCAGUUUUUUCGCCGUCACACCGGCUCUGCCCUUCCCUAUCACUUAACAGGGGCCUCCAACCGUGCUCAACUGCUUAAAGACACAUUUCUCACCCCAGCUGCGGCGGUGCCUUGUCUCACAAGAUGCGUCGUUGUUGUGGUACCUGCCGCGUUUGUUGAACUUCUCAGGAGCUUCUGUUUGACCAUCUUCCCAAAGAUUUCGCUCCUCUAGUUGCAGGACACCGUUCUAACGGCGGCAUGCAGUGAGUGUCCGUCCCGUCUCUGAGUUGUUGACUUUCCGGCAUCCCCAUAUCCUCGCGGCAGCGCGACCUGGCAAAGCGUUUUUUACGGGCUGUUCUUCCGGUGCAUUCAAUAACAGUUUCUUUUUUGUGUAUGCCGUGUGGGCUGUCUUCGCCGUUGUGCGUCCUUUUCUGGGAUUGUCUGCCGUUGUCUUUCCUUUGUCUUUUUUCUCUGUCGUCUUUCUUUGUCCUCCAGUUCGUGUGACAUCGGCGCCGAGCACUCAAAAGAAAGGCGCGUUUCUUAGAGGCAAUGAAGGCUGGCGUCUGUCGCGCCAGCCUGGGGGCGGAAAGGAGCUCAUCACGAGAUAGAAUUUUCUCGCUGGGUUUCGGUGGCCGGCGACGAGGCGGGCGGAGAAAUUCAACAAGUUAGCAGUCUUCAUUAGUUCAAUGGGGUGGUGAUGUUCAUCAGCCAUAAAGAAUUGGGUCGUCUGCAUCGCGAAAGUGGAUUCCUAGGCGGUGUCCCAGGUGCUAUAAUGUCUCUGUUGUUUUGGUCUGCGUGGCGCACUCGACGUCCUGUGCUAACGCGGCUUGUAGUGUGAAGCAUUUCUUCUUCACUGGAUCCGAACGAGCUGCCGACAAGCUUCUCUUGUCCACUUUGUUUCAUAGGUGUCUGUAGUGGCCUGGUCUCGGCUCUCAGUUGUCAUGGAGGAAGACGGUGGCGCACCGUCCAGCCCGUGUGGCGUUCCUGCGACUGGGGGCGUGGAGAAGGCCGUUGCGUAUCAGUCCGAAGACAUGCUGGGAGGUGAAGCAAACACUGGUUGCAACACUGCUCACGGAGUUCCGGAUGUACAGAUCUCUCCCCCUUCUGCAGGGAUUUCGCCGUCACCCCCGUCGUCGGGGACGCCUCCGCUGUUAGGCCAGGCUGCGGGCCUCGAUGUGGUGGAGGCAAACAGGAGUGGAGACGAGGCGGAUGCUGCAUUUUCUGCAACUCGGCGACCGGACUCUCCCGCCUCCUUCAUGGAAGGCGAAGACCCAGACACGCCUCGUUCCCCGACUCAACAGACCACGUCGCCGCAGCCUCCACUAUCACCUCAGCCUUCCUUGUCACCUCCUCUGGUGUCGGAGGUUGUAGAUGCCCUGUAUCCAGAGUCUCCGCGUCCUGGGUCAGGGGCGCUCACGCGCGGGAUGUGUCUCUCCGCGGGGGGUCCUGUCUCUUCCGGUCCGCCGUUGUCUUCGACGCCUCCUUCGCCUGCGAGUUCCCGGAGCAGCAGUUCGCCUGGCGGCGCCCGUGUCUCCUCGCCUGUCUCUGCGGCGCCCCUCGUCCCCACCUUCCCCGUACCUUUCGCGCCCGAAAGGCGCGCGGAGCCGGGCCGGUCCAGGAUCAGAGAGGGCCAGGCCUCCAGCUCCAGGGUCGAUAGAUAUGGCGACUCUGUCCCCGCAGAGAAAGCGGGACGAGGAAGUCCCUCCUUCCUGGAGAGAAACGCUUUCGACCGCGAGACCAGCUCAGGGCCAACUGGCAUCGGGGGCCACUCGCCUUUCUUCUCGCCGCUACAGGGCGCAGGCGUCUCCUCGUCUGCGGGAGGCAGCGGCGGAAGCAAUCGCCCGCAGCACCCUCUGGUGCAUGCGUCGACGCCGUCCUGGGUCAAAUACGGAGAAGAACAUUACCCCGAAGAGGCUGUCCCCAUCGAAUACCAGUGGGUGGAAGACGACGGAACUUGUUGCUGCUAUGUCACGGACUUUCUGCUCUACAACAAGAAAGGCGAACGCUUGCUUCAGGUUGAAACGUUGGAUCAAGAUGAACUGGCAGAUGUUGCGCUCUAUGGGAAGUUGGUCCACGUGGCUCUCGUUCACCCACCUGAGGCCCUGGAGGCUCGAAAGCACCCGACCGCCUGCCAGGUGUAUCCGCACCUCCAGCAGCGAAAGAGACACCAAAAUUCCUCGCGGGGCCGCAAACACCUGCAGACGCCGGAGGACGAGCCUGCGUCGCAGCAAGUGUCUCCGCGGGCGGGCUCUGCGUUGCCUAGGGACGGAGACAAGGAGGACAGACAGGCCCGGGACGGAGACAACGCGUGGAGGGCAGACGGCGACUCAGCCGUCAGGUCCCAGCCGCGGGAGGACGGCGAGAAGAAGGAAGAAAAGCUCCUGGUCGAGGGCGAGAAAGAGACAGCCAGCGGUGCGGCGACGCCGUCCCUGGGGAGCAGAAAGGUCUUGCGAAAGAGAGGGGGCAUGCUCCACCAUCCGUACAUCACGCCGAAAAUUCCAAGACCCUUUCGCACGUUCCCUGUCAGGGUCGAUUUGACGGAAUGGAUGAUUGACUAUGGAAAGUCGGCUAGUCAGACGCCGUAUGUUUGGCUAGUUUCCUCUUUGAAUCGGUACUACCGCUUGGAGAAGCCGGCAGGGCGAUAUGCGCCGGUUCUUCAGUCUCUCAAGUACAAGUUCGAGGUUGCGUCUCGAGUGAUUAAACAGCUUUCCGUCAAUCACCUAUACCCAUACCAGGAGCUGGUGGACCACCUGACUGCAGACUCUCGCCUCAAGGCGUUGGCCAAGAAGGGCGCGGGGAAGGACGGCGAAGGCCCCAGCGGCUGUGCGUCCGCGGGAGGAGACAUAGGGGAGUCUGGAGAUACGGGGCUUCGGGCCUCGGAGGCUUCGGGCCUGGGCGGCGAGCCCGGCCGCGACGAGGCGAGCGAAGAGAAAGGAGGCGACGACGCAGAGGAAGAAGAUGAGAAGGACGAGGCAGACUGCUCCCUGGGCAAGGGCGCAGGAUCUCAACCAGCGUCUGCGGGGAAGAGCCGGCUCGGGGAAGGCGAAGAGGGUCUUACGUACACGGAGAGACUGAAGGACGAUCUUUCACGACCUUCUUCGAUCGCGGGAGACGACGACGAAGAUCGCGCCGGAGUGGAUUUGGCGUCCGGACUGGCCGCGUCUUCGCCGUCGAACCGAGUCGCGGGGGACGCGCAUGCGUCGGCUGCCUCGAGCAUCCUCGGCACCGACUUUGGGAACCUGGUGCUUCCUCCGGGGCUUGGCUCUCCCUCGUCGUCGCUGCCCCUGGACCCCUCGUCGCUGUUCACGUCUUCCAAGUUCAUAUCGGCGCUGGCCAUCAAGAAGAACAAGAACUGCCACCUCCUCUCACUGUCUGAUCCUGAUGGAACCGGCGUCCGCGUGCUUCCGGACGGCUCCCGGUCCCCCGAGAGCCCCUGGGGCGCGGCGCUUGCAGUCGAAGGCUGCACGGAGGAGUCGCUGAUUGAAGUCUUCCCCUUCCUCGAGGCGCAGGUGGCCGCCUUUGAGGCUGCGACUGGGACGACGGGGCUUCUCUCGUCUCCCUUCAUGAACACAUUGCGAGCCCGCGUCUUCCGGUGGGUAGGGAAGCUCGAUGACGACAACCGGGUGGAAGAAGUUCCGCCUCUCCAACAGACGACGACGCCCGAGAUUGUCGGCGGCCGCACGGACGAGGGGGGCUUGCUAUCGCACCAGUCCGAAGACGUGCUUCUUUCUCUCAACGAAUUCGCGUCCUCCUGCGCAGCCGAGCGUCCACCGCUGUCAGGCUCCACCGCCUUCGCCCGUGGAGGCCCGGGCGACCGCGGCCAGCCGGGCCCAGCCUUCGACUCGCCGGCUUUUGGGGACGGGGCUGGAUUCUUCGGUCCCCUCAUGGGCCCCCGAGGCGGGCGACGCCGGGGCGCGCGGGGUAGCCGGGGCGCGAGAGGCGAGGGGGGGCGCGGGCGCGGUCGAGGGCGCGGUGGCAGAGACGCAGCCUUCCCCCGCUUCUUGGGCGACGACCGGGACGACUUCUUUGCGGGAGAUGAAGAUGCGCGAGUCCGAAUGGAAUUUGAGAAGAGCGAUCGCCUCAAACGCGAGGGCGACGCCGUGGACGGCGAAGACGAUGAGCCCCUCACGAACAAGACUGGAGACGGCUGCCUCGAAGAUACUCUCGGCUUAUCUGACGACGAAGACGGCCGAAAGAGAAUUAAACGAGAAGAAGGCGGAACCAGCCAAGGCGGGCCGUGGGGAGGCAAGGGCGACGACGCCCAAAGGAAGGCGGAAGAGGAAGAAGAAGACGAACUGUCAACUCUACCGGAGUGGGGAAUCGAAGGAGACCCCGUUGACGUCAAGGAUGAACUCGACCUCGAAGCUGAAGAUCCAGUCUACGCUCGCGUGCCAUUGCCGGGAACUUCGUUCACGCCGUACGACUUCCCAGAGCUUCUCGAAGUGCAAGAUUUCUGCCGAGUAUUUAUCGAGGUGCUGCAGUUGCCGAGUUACCCUGUGGAUACGCUUGAGGCGGCGCUCCUCGUAGCAGCUUCAUCGACCGUCUCCCAGGACUUCUCGACGCGCGCGGCAUGGCCUGCACAGGCUAAGGGGACAAGUGGCCUGGGGGCCGUGAAGAAUGGGAGGAAGAAGAGAAAUCCGGCCAUUCCGCAGAACCCACUCCCCUUCAUUGCCGCCUCGACUUGUCUGGCCCCGUCCCCAGAGCCUUUCCAGUUUCUCUUUCCGCUUGCUGCGAAGCGCGAAGACGCUGCGUCCGGGCUUCGACAGCCGGGCGCGAUCCGCACAGGCGCGGCGCUCAGAGACGCCGCGGCUGUCGCACUUGCAAAUGCUGCGAAGGCCGAAGAGAGCAGAAGCGCAGCGGGACACCCUGGUCAGCUGGCUCUGGCUGAGAAGGCAGGAGAGGGAGAACAGAACGUGCGACCCGAGGCGAAGCGAGAGGAAGGAAGCGCCGACCUUGGAGACAGCGCCGCAACCGAACGAGAUUUCGCGAAGGGUCCGGAAGACGAGUCGCAGAGAGAAGGCGAGAGGAGAGACGACACGCAGGAGGGGGGAGAAAGCGACCUGCCUGCCGUUUCUCAGGGUGACGGCGCGGCUGCAGCAGCAGCCAAGUGUCUCUCGCGUCCCCCGGACGAGGGCCCAGCGAGUUGGUCGGCGGGGUCAGUUGAACCCGCUGCGCUGCUUCCAUCCUCAGGGACUCAUGCGCCGCGGUCUCGGUCGCCGUUUUGCGGCCCUCCUUUGCUCUCAGGUUCCACGCGUCUGCACGCUUCUUCUUUCCCCGUGUUUGUCUCCGACGCCCUCUUUGUCCGGCUUCUUCAGCUGGCGUUUCUCCACAUCAGCGACGCCCUGGCGCGGCACAACAAGACGGCCUCCUCAGGCGACGCCGUCAAUCCAGACGCGCGCUCGCCCCUGCCGUCGCUGCUCACGGGGGCCGGUGCUGCCUCCGCCGGUAUAGUGACCCCUGGCGGAGGACCCGGGGUCUCCGGAGUCCCCGGGACUGUCGGCGGCGCGGAGACGCCCGUCGCGGCCACCUGGCUGGGUUCGGCGCGGGCGGACGAGGCCUGGGACCUUGGGGACCCGUCGACGGGAGACAAGUCCAAGGACUCGGGGUCGGCGCUCUUCGGUGAAGAAGGCGGUUCGAGAGCCACGAGGGCACAGGGAGAAGAAGAGGGAGUCGGAUCUUCGCGGAGUUCUGUGGCGUCUCUUUGGGUGCAUCCUGGGGGGCCUGGGUUCAUGAAUUCAGAAGGCAAAGCUGGCGGGGGCCGCGCUUCGAAGGCCGCCGUCGGGGUCGCUAUGAAACAGUUUUGGAGACACGCGGCGCUCGGAUCGAGGCUACGGCGUUUGGUGCCGCGCCCUGCAGACGAGGAAGAAGAGGAACGCGACGAGAAGCGUAAAGGCGUGGAGGAGCAAGACGGUGAGCGCGAGAGCGGAGAGAAAGCGAGGAAAGCCGGACGGCGAAAGGAGGCGGGCGCCGAAGGCGAGGCGCCAGAGGCAGAAACGGAUGAUGCAACGACAGAGGAAGAAGGCCAAGGCAGGGAGACGGGGAGAGACGGUCGAGCGCGGCGACCGCGCCAGACAACCCCUGGGGCUGCUGGCAGCGACGAAACGAAUAACGAGGCCGAAGUAGAACCCAAAGUGCUCCACAUGCUCAGCUCAGCGCCUCUGGAUCUGCGGAUGAUUGACUUCCUCACGUGGCCCCUCGUCCUGCAGCGGAUGCUCUUCGACUGUUUGUACUCCCCGCGGCGAGUGGCGGUGAAGAAGCCGCGGCGGCGGUCGACCCGAUCCGAGGACGAGGCUCGCGAGCCGGAGAAACCAUUGGGGGAGGCAGCGCUCAGAGAGGACAACUCGCUGGAGUGCACGAUGAAGGAAGGCGAAGACGAAGACGAGUCUCUGACGACGACGAAGGAAGAGGAGAAGGACGGGGAGGAGGCAGGCCCGCCGGAGAGUAAGGAGAGCCAGAAGGCGUGUGAGGGCAAGGCCGAUUCUGGGCCUUCAGCGGAAGAGACGGGCCAGAGUGAGGUCGGUGAGGAGUCCCGUGGAAAGCACGAGGCGGCUGUCUCUUCUCUUUCUUCGUCUGGAGCGUUCCAAGGUUGCACACCAUCCCCAGUUAACCCACAAGCGUCGAAGGCGGAAGGCGAGCGUGGCAAACAAGAUGCUUCUCAAAAGGAUGAAAGAGAACACGACGGUGAGUGCGCAUCUGCGGGAGGUCCUGAGGAACGCGCCUGCGAGAGCGGGAGAGGAGACAGAGAGGAAAAGGAAGACGCGGGCGACGAAGGGGAUGGGCAGAUGUCUGCCGAGUGCCGCCCUGUGACAGAAGAGACGAAAGGAGACGGAGAGGACAGUCCAGACCCAGGAAGGGGAACGAGAGAGGAAGACAGUGGUGAAACGGCGACAGCGAGCAAAGCAACGGACGAACAAGAAGCGGAAAUGGAGGAGCAAGGAGACGAGAAGGAGAACGGCGUCCUCUUGGACGAGGACGCGGAGCAGAACGUGGAGGACCGAGGAGACGACGACGUCGAGUCUUUCCAAGAGGAAGGGAAGAAGACAAGCCGGAGUCGAGAGACAAAGAGGAAGCGCACGGCGGACGAAGACCAAUACGAAGAAGAGAGAGGCGAAAAGGACGCGUCGCAGAAAGGAGAGUCGGACGAGACCUCACUUCCAGCCGACGGCAACGAGUUGAAGGCGAGUAGCUCAAGAAAGAAGACGCGCCGCACAUCGAACGACGUCGAGCUCGGAGACGAAGAGGGCGACACGGUCAGCAAAGGCCGCAGCGGCGAGGAAGACGAUGAAGAGGAAGCAGAGGAAGAAGAAGUGGAGCGCCUGGAAUGGCAUUUAGACGACCAAAAAGCGGCGCAGUGCGGCAUCCUACCGUCGCGCGCAGAAGCCAUGGCCAUCGCCUUCCACGAAAUGCGAUCACACAGCACGACAGACGUCACACGGAGGCUCCAGCUGCUUCAGUGGCUGAUUGCAUGCAUUGCAAAUGGCUGGAUGGGGAAGUUCUUCUUGGACGCGAAAGUCGAGGCGCUCUUCCGCGCGCGUGCCAACACACUGAGGCUACGCAUGGCCUCCAUGGGCACAGGGCCUAUAGGUUCUUCGUUGGCUGCAGGCGCCUGCAGGGGCCAGGCAGGCGCCGGUUCGGCUUCAGGAGCGAAGGCGGAAGGCGCCGACGGGGACUCGGGCUUGGCGCCGUCUGAGGCUCCUGUGCCUCCUCCGUCGACAAACACGGAGGACAGCGCCGCCGUGGAUGGCUCGGAGCGGCCCGAGGACUCGAGCCUUCCUGUCUCUGCGUCGGAUACCGGGGAGACCUGCGUCCCCUGCCAAUCGCCGCUUUCUGGGGACGCUGCGGGGCCCGCUGCAAGCGGGACAGAAGGUGCCUCGUCGCCUUCAGAGCCUGCAGCGCUGUCGGGUGCGGGGCGCGGGCGCCGAGCCGGCGACGGCGAGGAGAAGAGGAGCGGCAGGGGGAAUGGCGCCGAUGGGGACUCUACUCUGGGUCCAGGAGGGAAGAAGAAGCGAGGCGGGGCUUCUGCGGGCUGUGGAGUGGGUGUGAAAGGCACCGAGGAAGAAGACUGCGUGUCGAUGUCGGAGGGCGCGAGCAAGGCGGCGAGCAGCAGCGCCGAGGGAUUUGAGGCAGAGGACGAGAUGGGGCGCGCCGGAGCCGAGGGCGUGUGUGGGGCGUCGGGGCCUGGGGGCGAGAACGCGCUCAACCCCGGGGGUCGAGGAGUCGGGCGAGGCAAGAAGCCGAUGGGGCGCGUGAGUAAUUGGGAGAUGGAGCUUCUUGCGCAGAAGUUUCCGAUUCGCGGGGAAAUUCUCGGCGAAGACAGGUUUUUGAAUCGGUAUUUCUUGGUACCUACGGCCCGCGGGGUGCCGCGCGUUUUCGUUGAGGCUUUUUCUCAGUCACGGAUAGACCCCGUCGACGCGAUCAACGGCUUUCUCGAUCACGUGACCGCUGCCGCGGUGGAGACAGAGGAGCGAAGAAAGGAUGAGAAGGAAGAAGAAGGCGCUUCUGCGCUAGGCCUCCCUCCCGGAACUCCUACCUCGCUGCCGGUCAGAAGCGGCGCCGCAGACUCAGGCGCUCUCUCCAGCGGGUCCCCGCCCGCGGGCCUGGAGGAAGCCUCGAACCCCGCUGCAUGCGGGCAGGGUGGACCCCUGGCGGGCGACCGUGUGGCCGAGGUGGGGCGCCGCUCGAGUCGGCGCAUCGCCCAGAUGAAGGAGGAGCAGAGACAGCAGGAACUCCAGGAUUCCCUAUCUUCGUUUUCCCCCGCGACGAAUGGCUGCCGCAGCGACGACAGAAAGCGGAAGCGAGCGAGCCUGUCGGAGGGAAAGAGGUGCGGUUUCGGAGGUUCGCUUCUGCGCCCCAGUGCUGCGCUGAAGGACGGCAGCGUCAACGGUGAGAAGACCAAGUUUCUUCGCCCAGAGGAGACGAGGAAGCACUGGAACGACUUUGUUCGACGCGCUGUCGGCUUUGAGUCCAUCUCCACGUACCUCCACUAUCUCGACGAAACUCUCAAGGCCUGUAGCCUUUUUGUCGUUCCACCGGGGAAGCCCCUCCAACAACUUCAACAUGCCCUGUCGCCUUUCUUGGUGCGCGAACGCGCGCUGAAGGAGAAACUCCGCCGCGUCGACCAGCAGUUCCAGCAGCUGGCAGCAGCCACGCCCCUGCCGACGCCGGUCCCGACGUUCGUGCCGCCGUCGCCAUUCGCGGCAGCCAUCUGGCAUGGGUGUCGCUUGCUUCUUCAGAUUGAGGAGGCCUUGCUUCUCCCGCUGUUCUCCUCUUCCUGGGGAUUCGCGAGCAUGUUUCAGAAGCAGCAGCACAUCCUGCGUCUCCUCGACCAGACGAGAGACAAGGCGUCGCCGAGUUUGUCUGCCUCACGCGGCCGUGGCGAGAGCAGACGCGGCGGGGGAGCAGGCAGCGAAGACGAGGGCGAAAAGGAGAAGGAGGAGAAGCCGGAGAGAAGCAGCAAGGAGGAGGAGGACGCGGCGACGCAGAAGGAGCGCGAGCUUCUUCGCCAGCUGCAGAGCCGCGUGUGGCCUCAAGACAUGCUCCACAAGUGUCUCUCGACUCUCGCGGCGCACGCCAACGUCAUGGACGGCGCCCGGCAAGGCGGCGAGAAGCGGGAGGAUGGAACGAACAAGAUGAAGCCCGACGCGAAAGCGGAGGAGAGGACGAAAACAAUGAAGGAGGAGAAACCGUCGAGGCUUCCCACCGCCGACGACGCAACAGAUGGAGACCCCGCGGGUCGCGCGUGCCAGAUUCAGGACCCAGAAGCCGAAGAAAGAGAGAGAGAAGAGAGACGCGAAGAAGAAAAGGAAGCGCAGUGGAUGGAGAGACGCAUCUGCCUAGGGGUCUUUGUACAGCUUCUUCUGUACGUGGAAGAUCGUAUCCACAUGCAGUCGAAUGUUCACACGGCCGCGUGGCACCUGCAGCAGCACGAGCAGUGGCGGCGCGAACUCACCGCGCUCGGAGGGGCCUCGCUGCUCGCGCAGCUUGCUCUGCCUCUGCCGUCGGUUGACGUUUCUUCAACUGCUCUUGCUGGAGACUCUGAGAACCGCGAGGACAUCGGACGAGAGCGAGGAGACAAGAACGACCGCGAGCGAAGAAGCGACGAAGACUCGACCUUGGCAUCGCCCACCGGGUGCCGAAGGCGCAUCCUUUCCGAGGACGAUGCGACAGCUGGGGAGGGGGAUGGAGAAGAAACUGGGGAGGGCAAGGCCGACAAAGGGAGCUUCGGGCCGCAGUCAGCCAAGGGUGAGGACGCAGAAGAAGACAGGGAGAAGCCGAGCCUCGAUUGGCAGUCCCGGGACGGAGACGAGGACGGCGACAGAGAGAGAGAGAGGCAUCAAAGUGAAAGAGAGAUGGAGAGCGAGAAGGCUGGAGACGCCUCCGGCGGGCGUGUCUCGCCUUCGUCGACCAGCAGCAAGAACGCUCCAACCCUGCCUCCCUCACCGCUGGUCUCGACCGCGGUGGAUCCCGAAUGCGCGGCGCCUGUCUCCGUCCCGGAGACCCACUCUGUGCUGUCUCCGAACUCGCCCCUGCGCCGCGUCCGUGACCUCAUUGAGACGAUUGGCUGGGAUUGCGACCGCGUCUUCAACUUCCUCCGGGAACUGCGCAUCCGCGAACUAGACGAGAUGAAGCGGGCCCGAGACCUUGAGGGCCGCACCCCACACAAGGGCCUCCUCGAUCGCGAGCUCUUUGAAGGCGUGACGCUCCAAGGCGCCGCCACCUUCGAGGGCGAAGAAGACCCCGUCCUUUCGUGGACGGAAGUUCGAAACCGGCACGAUGUCCUUGCCAUCUGGGGCUGCUACCUAAAUCUCUGGAAGGCUCACGGCGUCGACAAGCAGAAAGCCGUCGACGCGAGAACAGCCGUCGACCGGAAUACGUUUCUCUCCCUGCUGGCCCACGACGAGCAAAAGGCGCAGUUACCGGAGGUUGGGAGUCGUCUCUUCUACUUCCGAAAGGGCCAUGAGCAAAUGAUGAAAUCGAUGCAACAGGAGUACGUGGAAACGACGGGGGGGAAGAGCUGGCUGGACAGCACGUCUUUGCCGCUGUCGAUUCCGUUCGAGUUAGGCCGCGUGGAGGAGCUCAUUGUCGAGUCAAUUUCGUACCACCCUGGAAUUAUUUCUCCUUUGCCGCGGGCCCCGUCCCCGGCGUCACUCUCUUCGCUCCUCUCGGGCUUGCCAGGAAGCGAGGCGGAGGCGUCGAGUCUGUUGCCGGAAAAACUUUAUUCUUUUUCAAUCGUCGACGAUCCGUAUGCUCUAGGGCUUCUUGUGGGCGACGCCUUCCGGCAGAAGGCCCGCCAUGGGCCGUCGCAGCCAGGCGGGGCGAAGCGGGAGGCUUGGGGCCCGACUGGGGCGGGGACGACACCGGCUUCGACCCCGGGAGUGCCGAGUUUCGCGGGCGCUUCUGCGCCCUCGACCGCAGACCUUCUGCUCUCUUCGCGACCCUCCAGUGCCGACGGCAACGCUGAAGGCGACUGCCUCGCAGUGCCAGGCAAUACCCUUGCUGCAUCGACCCCAGGGCCCGCCUCCUCUGUAGUGCGGUCGCCGGGCGUGGAGCACAACUCCGCGGCGGGAGAAAGGGGCGAGAUGGACGGCAGUGCCACGCCGUCCGACCCAUUUCUGUCGGAGAAAACUCUGCCCGCGGGCGUCGUCGGGAAAUCCGAGUUCGAGCUUCUCUGUGCAGCGGACCCUCUCGCGGUGGCUGCCCAGGAGGCUGCGCGUGGGAAACACCUCCUUCUGCAGUACUUGGCGGGCAAGAACCGAGACGAGGGCGACGGAGGCGAGACUGAGACAAAGGUGCCUGUCGAAACUGCGCCGUACUAUCGAAUGGUCUGCAGAGUGCUCAGGAGGUCGCACGAGACGACGGCAGACAAUAUCACGGAUCGGGUCAAGUCGAUUGUGGCGGCCGCCGCCGCGGCGAAUGAGGAGAAGCCUCACACGCGGACGUCGUCACGUCUUCUCUCCUACCAGAAUCGCUCUCUGUCGUCUCGCUCGGGGUCGCGAAGCGGCGCGAGUGGCGAGCGGCGCGGAGGCUCCUCUGGAGGCCGUAAGGGCCAGGGGGGAUCGGGCGACGACUCGCUGCAGGGAAGCGAGGGGGCGUUUUUUCAGUCCCCCCAUGUGUCGGGGCCUCAGGGUGAACGCGAGGUCGUUUUGUGUGUCCCGAUGCGGGCCGAUGAUGUGGAGUUCGUGGUCCGCCGAGAGAAGGUAUUCCACGCUCUGAACCUCAACUGGAACCCCGGGAUGAGGUUCCGAAUGGUGUUCCACACCACCGUCCCGGCGCCGGUUGAAGCGGCCCCCGCCUGUGGCAAGGAGAAGGACGGGGCUGGUGCCUCUGGAGCCGCAGGCAGAGACGGGGGCGCUGGCGCAGGGGGAGGUGCCGGCUCUGCAGGCUCGCCGAACAGCACAGGGUCCAGUGCGGGGGGAUCGAACGCGGGUGGAGGAGGGGCGGGCCUCGGCGAAAAAGGCAACGCAGGCUCGGGGGAGAGGCCGUCUUUCGUUUCCACGACGACGCGAUACACUGGCACAAUUAGGAGAGUGAAUCUCCUCCAUCCAGACUUCUGGGAAAAUGUGGUGGUCGAGUGGGAAGACCGCAGCCGCACCGGGGUCGGUGCAUGCACUGCAGGAAGCUCGAGCAGAGGCACGGGUGCCGGGAUCGAUAGAGGCGCGACAGAGAGAGGCAGUGGCCAAAAACACAGCGACGCAGACGCGGGGCUUGAAAAUGUCAGUUUGUGGGAGUUGGAGCCUCUGAAGCGGCUCAAACGCCCCGGAGGAAAUGCGGGGGACUGAGGAUUCGGGACCGUAAAACCAAGGUGAAGGAUGAUGCCAGGGGGAAAGAGGGAGGCCGAGUUUUUUGCCGUUCAAGCCUCCUGGGUUUGGUCAAGUGGACAGUCGUCGCGGAGUUUCAUGCAUUCGGUGAAUUGUGUCGUUCAGACGCGGAGACAGGUGAAAAGCACCGGCAGACGUUUUACGGGGUAGAUGAAGCGGUGGUGCUCGUGGUUGGGGUGCUGCGUGUGGAUGUGACCGGGAAGAUGUUGGAAGGAUAUAGAGUUAGCGGAUGCGGAACGACAGGGAAGCGAAAGUUUACAAAGAGUUUUGAAUUUGUUUUACGUGCCGAUAGAGGUCUGUAGUGGCUGCUGCUGUGUAGGCGACAGAGGCAGUUGAACGGUGAUAGGUCGCGGAGGCUCUGGGACGACAAUUCAAUUGUGCUGAAGAAUGGGGAGCGGAAAUCUGAGUCUUAUUCAGGCAAGACAGAGAGAAAGGCGAGUUUGAGUUUUGGAAUCGAUUAUCGCAUGCGGAUGUGGAUAUGCACUCGCUGCAAUGUUACUUCUCAAGGGACGCGGUGGAAACACAUUGGACAGAGAUGAUCGCCGAAAAUUGUACUGCCGCCGAUGCGCAGAUUUACAGACUUUCUCAUAUAUCGUCGUGCAUGCACGUAGCUGCAUUUAGUUCAUGUAUUUCGGUGCGGCAAUAUGCGACACACUCUCUGAGAUGACUUGGUUUUGCGUGCAUUACGAUGGCUCGACACAGUGCAGCGUGGCUGCUGCCCUGUCAUUGCAAGCAAUCUUUCGACACCUUUUUGUAUUACUACCGCUGUCGGUGGAGGAAGUCCUGCACGUGCUUUUCACUGGCUUCGGUUCCUGGACUUGGCGUCGGUGCCUCUCAUGCUUUUUACGUGCGUCUGCGUUGAUAAUUCAUUUUUUUGUAUUCCUUCCAGUUGCCUCUUGUUUUCUCGCCUCCCCUCGCCAGUCGUCUCCUCUGUUUUCUAGUGCUUGUCGGCCCGAGCGCUACCAGUGGUGAGAAAGGCCCCAAACUGUACAGAUGUCUUUGCACACUUCGGUUGUGGUGUGUCUCAAAGGAGAAAUUGAAGACCAGUUUGCUAAUCAAAUUUAUCUAGAACCCUUUUGUACCUCACGUCACUCCCACAGGGAUUUUGGGGGUGCAUUCCAGCCGAC